AUGGACUAUGUGAAUGAUGCCUGUAUUGUUACUGUAAGACUGGGUGUCUUGGUUUAUAUCGGACAAGAGCAGAACUCUGGCACCCAGUUACUGAAGAAAGUAGCAGCUACUCCUGUGAAAACAUUAUCUCAAACAACAAGUGCUGUGGCUUCUACUGUUCAGCCACCUGCUGUAAUACAGCCAGCAGCUGCAACAGCUAGUGUUACUACUGUUACUGCUGUAAAGCCUUCGAGUACUGGAACACCUGUAAAACUUCCAGUUACAGGCCCACCUGCACAAGCUAUCUCCCAAAAGGCAGUCUCUGUGAAAGCAGAGGGCACAACAGUAGCACAGACCAGCACUUCUACAGAGAUACUAGAGAAUGUCAAGAAAUGCAAGAAUUUUCUUGCUACGCUAAUAAAACUGGCAUGUAGUGGACCUCAAGCCCCUGAGAUGGGGCAGAAUGUGAAGAAUCUGGUUCAAAAUCUAUUGGAAGCAAAAAUUGAACCAGAAGAAUUUACAAAAAAGCUAUACAUAGAACUCAAGUCAUCUCCACAACCAUAUUUAGUUCCUUUUCUCAAGAAAAGCAUGCUUGCCUUACGGCAGCUAAUGCCCAAUGCUCAGAGCUUCAUCCAGCAGUGUAUGCAGCAGCCAGCUCCCACCCAAGAAGCUGUUUUGACUUGUACCUCUGCAGCACCAGCUCCUUCGAUAGUAGUGGCAACCUCAUCAGUGGCAACUUCAACUGUAGCAAAAACUUCUCUUCCAGUUAUAAAACCAGUGUCUGCCUCUGUAACAGUCACAGCCUCUCCGGUUAUAAAACCAGUCCUUGUCAGUGCGUCGGCAACAGCUUCUCUGCCGACUGUGAAGCCUGUUCCUGCCUCUGCAGUGGUGACAGCAUCCGUUCGUCCUGCAGCUUCAGUCCUCACCACAACGAUGGCAACAUCAGGGCUGACUGCCAUCCAAACCGUCAAGCCAGUCUUCACCUCUGCAGUAGCAACGUCCUCUCUCCAGUCUGCCAAGCCACUGCUGGUCUCCACAGCGGCAUCUUCAGCAACGACCCCUCUACAGACUCUGAAACCAGUCAUUGGAACCCCAGUCAGUAUUAAAAUCUCACAGCCAAACUCCAUCGUUGCGCAGUCAGCAGGUGCUCAGCAGGUGGUUAAAGUGAAACAGUUGGUGGUCCAGCAACCAUCAGGAGCCAUUGUAAAGCAAGUAUCCACACUCCAGCAACCCUCAACGCUGACCAUACAGACAUCUGCUGAGAAAAGGAUGCCACUGAUGAAUACGCUUGUUCAAACUAAGCAGUUUCCUGCAGGUUCCAUUCUGAAACAAAUUACUCUGCCAGGAAAUAAAAUUCUGUCGCUUCAAGCAUCCCCUGUUCAGAAAGCAAAAAUAAAAGAGAAUGGAGCAACAUCCUUCAGAGAUGAAGAUGACAUAAAUGAUGUGACUUCUAUGGCUGGAGUCAAUCUUAAUGAGGAGAAUGCAUGCAUUUUGGCAACAAACUCUGAGCUCAUUGGUACAGUGAUCCGCUCUUGUGCAGAUGAACCUUUUCUCUCCUCGGAAGCACUUCAGAAGAAGAUCUUGAACAUAGGUAAAAGGCAUGACAUUAUGGAACUUAACUCUGAUGUUGUGAACUUGAUCUCCCAUGCUACACAGGAGAGAUUACGAGGGCUCCUAGAAAAACUAACUGUAAUUGCUCAGCACAGAGUAUCAACCCACAAGGGGAGUGAUAGUUACAUCGUAUCUAGUGACACCAGAGCACAGCUGAGAUUUCUUGAAAAGCUUGAUCACCUAGAAAAACAGAGAAAAGAUGAAGAGGAACGUGAAAUGUUGCUUCGAGCAGCUAAGAGCCGUUCCAAUAAAGAAGAUCCAGAGCAACUGCGGUUAAAGCAGAAAGCGAAAGAGAUGCAACAAUUGGAGCUAGCACAAAUGCAACAGAGAGACGCCAACCUCACAGCUUUGGCAGCCAUUGGACCAAGGAAGAAAAGACCAUUGGAUUCGUCAAACAUUGCAUCUGGGCUGGAGGAUUUGAAAGGCAAUGGAAUCACUCCUGGAUCAUCAAGUUUUAGCCUUACAAAACAGCUGCUGUGUCCAAGAAUAACCCGCAUCUGUCUCAGGGACUUGAUAUUCUGCAUGGAACAAGAGAGGGAGAUGAAGCAUUCUCUGAACUUGUACCGUGCUCUUCUGAAGUGA